AAAUAAUUUAUGACUAUCUAUAAAAAAUAUAACAUAAAAACGUAUGUUUUUUAUAUUUAUCGAUAAACAUGUUCGCAAAAAGCAAAGUUGAUCCUGAAUUGGAAAAGUUGAGAAGAGAAGUUAAUGGACCACCAAAUCUGGAUACUUUAGCAUUAAAUAUUCAGAGAGCUACUACACAAAUUCAUGCUUCUUACUUAUUUGAACAUAGUGGAAAACCCACAUUGCAAAAGUUAUGCUUACUACUAAGUUCUACAGCAACAGGGAAAACAUACAAUGGAUGGCAAGAAUUUGCAGCACAUAUGGGUUUAACAAUGGAACAAAUACGUUGUAUAGAUUAUGAUUUUAAGGGCUUGCAAGAUCCAACCUAUUAUGUGUUAUUAGCUUAUGUACAACAUGUUGAAGCAACUGUAGAUAAAAUUUUAUGUGCCUUACAAAAAAUGCAUCGUUUUGAUGUAAUUAAUCAAAUAAAGGAUAACAUUUCUGACCUAAUUGCUGCAAUUUCACAAACUCCUAGGACAGAUGAAUCAUCCAUAUUAAGACCAAAUAGUGUUCCAAGAGCACCAUUAGUUCUAACUCCAAUCCAAAUUACACAAGAAAUACAAGAUAAAGAUGACUCUGGUCAUAUUACACAAGAUAAUUUACAAAAGACUAAGCAAUUGUAUGGUUGUAUAGUUAUGCUAACAUUUGCUGCUGAUGGUUUUGAAAAUGCACAACAUAUAGCAAAAAUAUUUAGGUCUAAACAGCCAAGAAUUGGAGUACUUAUACUUCAAGAACAAGAAAACUUUGUAUAUAGUAGAGCAGAAGAGUUUAUAGAUGACUGUUUUAGACAGGUGAAUUUCAUUAUACCUAUAUUAACACAAGAAUAUAUGGAAAGGAUAAAUAAUUCUAAAAAAAUUUAUGUUGAAGACCAAAAUAAAUUGGAUGCUAAAUAUAUAAAAUAUAUAUACUCUCUGUUAAGAUAUGAAUAUGUGAGGAAUCAAUGCAUUAAUACUCGUGUAAGAUGCAUAGUCCCUGAUAAAGAAGUUUAUACUGUAGUAAGAGCAAAUUUGCAUCCAACCAUGCAAGCAUGGUUCAGAGAAAGUGAUAUUGAUGCAUUUGUUGAUAAUAUUCUUUUACAAAAAUGUUCAAGAUGA